AUGACGCGGCUCUUCCUGCUUUUGACAAUGCUCCUCGUCUCUGGCAGCAUCCAGAUGUCCCCCGCUGUCACGAUGGAUAAGCUGCAAGAGAGCUGGAAGUUGUACAUGGACGAGUGCGAGCACAACAACAGCAGAGCUCCACCCAGCACUGUGCUUGUGUGCAACAGAACAUUCGACAAGUACGCCUGUUGGCCCGACGGACUGCCCAACACGACAGUCAGCGUGUCGUGUCCGUGGUUUCUGCCGUGGUACCAUAAAGUUCAGCAUGGACUGGUGUACCAAGACUGUGAUGCUAAUGGCCAGUGGCUUACUAAGAACACCAGCGAGUGUGACUCCAGCGGGCCCAGUCAGCAGUACUAUGGGCACAUUCGGAUCAUGUACACAGUGGGAUAUUCCUUGUCAUUGGUGGCUCUGGUAUUGGCCCUAAGCAUUCUUAUAUUUUUCAGGAAGCUGCACUGCAUGAGAAACAACAUCCACAUGAACCUGUUUGCGUCCUUCAUCCUGCGAGCAUUGUCUAUUCUUAUUAAAGACGCCCUGAUGGAGGCCAACAUCACAUCCCAGGACUUGAGUUGGGACCAAGAGCAAGGGUUCUCCCGGGCCUCUCUGUCACCCGUGGACUUGCUAGUUGACAAUGAGAUUACUGUCAGCUGUCGCGUCGCAGCGGUGAUGAUGCAGUACAGCAUCUUGGCCAACAGCUACUGGCUCCUGGUUGAGGGCAUCUACCUCCACAACCUGCUUGUCAUCACCGUGUUUACAGAGAGGAACUACUUCCAGAUCUACUUGUGCAUCGGCUGGGGCACACCGUUAUUAUUCCUUGUUCCCUGGGUGAUUGCGAAAUACCUCUACGAGAAUCACGAGUGCUGGGGCCAGAAUAUAAACAUGAGCUACUGGUGGAUUAUACGCUCCCCCAUAUUGGUGGCAGUUGUGAUCAACUUCCUGAUCUUCAUCCACAUCAUCAAAAUUCUCGUGUCCAAAUUGAGAGCCCAUCAAAUGAGAUACACGGAUUACAAAUUCAGGUUGGCCAAGUCGACUCUCACCCUUAUCCCUCUGCUGGGCAUCCAUCAGGUGGUCUUCAUUUAUGUAACGGAUGAAGCCACUGAAACUACCAUCGGGCUGCGGCUCACUAAGCUGGUCAUUGACCUUUUCUUCUCCUCCUUCCAGGGUCUCCUGGUGGCCAUCUUGUACUGCUUCGUCAAUAAAGAGGUUCAGUCGGAGGUCCUGAAAAAGUGGAAGCGCUGGAAGCUGGGUCGAAACAUCGAGGAGGAAUACCGCCAUACGUACAGCAACACGCCCAACACCAAGACGGCCAGUCUGCUCAACCACGUUUCCCAGCGGCUGCCCCAGCACGAGCAAUCGAUGCCCGUCUGCGGCCCCGAGGAGUGGCACGCCCUGGUGGCCAACGGCAAGGCGGCGGGUCCGCUUGGAACCCAACCAGUGGAGGAUGUGAGCCUUCUUGACAAGGCCAAAAACGAGAACGCCGAGAGCAACCACUGA